UUACAAACUUGUAUUAUUUGUAGCUUUACAAGGUUGUACUAUAUCGGAUUUCACAAGCAUUACAGCUUGUAGGAAGUAUGGCAUCAACAGGAAGACAAACAAGGUCAAGGAAGAGAAAAGCCAGUAAUAGUGCCAGUGAUACAUCUGAAGAAAUCACUGAUAAGUACAUCAAAGACAUUCUGAAGAAUAAACAGAUAUUAGAAAAUAUUUGUGGACAGUCAAGCUGUACAGAUGAUUCCAGCAAAGGUUCACAGUAUGAAAAACUUUCAAAGAAGAUAGAGGAUUACACUUGGGUUCAGUGUGAUAAUGUAGACUGUCAGAAAUGGAGACAGAUUGCUAACAGUGUAGCCCAGGAGUUAAGUGACGAGAGCCAGUGGUAUUGUUACAUGAACAGCGACACACCCUACAAUAGCUGUAGUAAACCAGAGGAGGACUACACAGCAUAUGAUAAACUUGCUAAGAAACUAGGCUUUAAAUAUGUCAUGUCACAGCUUACUGAAGGAGUCCUGGUUUGGGCUAAAAUGCAUGGUUAUUGCAGACAAUUUCCUGCAAGUUAUUUUGAAAGACUGGUAAUGUGGCCAGGUAUUGUAACGAAGGAUCCCAUCACAGAGUAUUGUAUGGAUGUGGACUUUGAAGGCAAUCCUACCCACUAUCACAUUGAGUACCUAGGUAAAAACCAUAGUCAUGCCUGGAUAGCAGCUGCUAAUAUCACAUUGUAUGGUCACAAGGAGGAGAAAAGUCCUGAGAAGUCAAAAAUAAAAAAAAAGAAAAGAGGAAGGAAAAAGAAAACCUUGACAAGUCAAAGCAGUGGGUUGUAUAAAAAGAAAUACAAACAAACACUAGUUGAUGAUGCUAUACAAGAGGCUGAAAGAAUGAUGGAUCAAGGUGUUGACGAUCGACUAAAACAUAUCACAUUCUUACCAAAAAAGUCAUUAGGAGAAUCAACUGUGGAAAUAAAAACUGAACCACCAGAUGAAUUUAGUUUAUUGGAUGAAAAUAAAAAUAAAUUGUAUUUGACUAAAACUCCAGAGGCCGAUAAAAAGAAGUCAUCUGGAAGAAGAAAAUCUACCAAGACACCAUUACAGAAGGAAUUGAAAACAUCAAAGGUCAAGCAAAGAGUUCAAAAAUCAGUACAGGUACAAGAUUUUGCUAGCAGGUCAAAUGUUCAGGUAUCUUUUGAGUCAUCUUGUAUAACAAGCACUAACCUUCAACAGAUCAAGGGCACUAACUCUCAGAAGAAAUGUAGACAGAAGGUUGUUGUAAAAAAAGAAACAGAUGAUAUAUUAUCAGAGGGCACACUUGUUCUGGCUAAACUGGAUGGAUAUGACAAAUGGCCAGCAGUGAUGACAAGAGAUCCACAUUCAGGACUACAGUUUGAAUUGGAUAGCAACAAUCAGCUGUCUACAUACCAUGUUGAAUUCCUAGGACUAUCACAUACUCAUGCAUGGAUUAAAGCUGAUAGAGUUCGUCUAUAUUCUAAAGAUAACAUGGAUGAUAGCCAGUCCCAGUCUAGUGAAAAAAGUCAGAAGAACAAAUUUAAAAAGAAAUUGACAUCACCAAAGAAUAAGCCUUCUAAAGUGAUUCUACAGAAGUUAGAGAAAUCUAAAAAGGAAGCAGAUUGUAUGAUGAACCUAUCAAGAGAACAAAGAUUGACGUUAUGUAAAUUCAGAUUUUUCCAAGACAAUCAUGAAACAGAAGAUUUUCAGUGUAAAGAUAGUGGUUUUGAGAGCUGGAAUUACCCAGCAUCAUCCGGUAGUUCAGCCAUUAGUUCUGCUGAAAACUUUGCUUGUUCUAGACUGCAGUAUAACACAUCAUUAGUAGACAGAUCUAAAGAAGAGAGGUUUAAACUUGAUGUAGAGAUGUACAAGAAAAAUGAGAAAGCAUUUCUUCAUGACCUGUCAAGAUUUAUGAAGAGGAACAACCUUAGUGUAAAUCUGACUGCUCAUUGGCACCAUAUACCUGUAGGAGCUUUUCAGCUUUUCCUUGCUGUACAUGAACGUGGAGGAUACCAGGAGAUUUGCAGAAAGAAGCAAUGGACUGCAGUAUUCAGAGAACUAACAGAAACACAGCUAGCUGCUGGUCCUGCUCCAAAGAAAUUUUACCUCAGGAAUAUUUAUGCAUAUGAAUUGUAUGUAACCAAUGGUGAUUUUGAGGCUGAGUUAAAGCGACUACAGAGCAAAAGAAAGAAGAAAUCUGUUGGAGAUGUGAUGAUUGAAGAUGAUACAGGGAGUUAUACUAAUGUUGAUGUUGAUCCUGAUGAGGAUGGUGAUGCUGACUCAGAUGGUUUAGCAGCAAUGUUAGCAGAUCUGGAAGAAUACAGUUCACUUUGUCAGUUAGAAGAAGAUAUUGAAGCUGAGAAAAAGAGAAUGGGAAUCAAUAUAUCUUAUCAUGAGGAUUCUCCUUAUACCAAAGCUUCUCCAGGAGUCAAAUAUGUUAGCACUCCAUCGGAAUUUGACUGUCCUACAUCACAUGGAAAUCACAAGAAGCAGCAAGAAGUACCUGAGACAAUGUUUUCUGUUUCAAGUGAAGAUUCACAGAAUGACUUGGUAUUUCACCAGAUGGAGAGAAUUGUUAAUGAGGAUUUAUUAUAGUAUCUAUCUUGAUACUUGAGAAAAAACA